CUGUUCCCGUCAGUAAUGCACGCGGUAACCCACUCUGUCUUCUUCCUCAGCCCCCUCCCACCCCUCGGUGGGGGCUCCAGGCUGGCCGCAAUGCUCUUAAAUGCACUAGGCUUGAGGGCAGUGAGGACAAUGGCGAGUGUGGUGUCUGGAGUGAAAACCUCCACACAAGUCAGAGAACGAUUGAAGAAUGAAGUAAACCAGAUGAAGGAACAAGCCCCAGGGUUUCGGCCCGGACUGGCUAUUCUACAGGUUGGAGACAGGGAUGAUUCUAACCUGUACAUCAGCAUGAAACUGAAGGCAGCUGCUGAGAUUGGAAUGAAUGCCAACCACAUGAAGCUGCCAAAAACCAUCACUGAAGACGAGGUGCUGAGUAACAUCAUACGCAUCAACGAGGACCCUAGUGUACAUGGACUCAUCGUGCAGCUCCCCCUGGAUUCCAUCAACCCAAUCGAUGUUGAGAAAGUAACAAACGCAGUUUCCCCUGAGAAGGAUGUUGACGGAUUAACCAGCAUCAACGCAGGGAAACUGGCUCGAGGAGAUGUGAAUGACUGCUUCAUCCCGUGUACUCCCAAAGGCUGCAUGGAGCUGAUCAAACAGACUGGUGUGAAGGUGGCUGGCUCCAAGGCAGUUGUGAUAGGGCGGAGCAAGAUUGUUGGUGCCCCCAUGCGUGACCUGCUAGUGUGCAACAACGCCACCGUGACUACCUGCCACUCCAAGACAGCGGACCUCCAGGGUGAGGUUGGCCGAGCGGACAUCCUGGUGGUGGGAGCUGGCAGAGCUGAAAUGGUGAAAGGCGAUUGGAUCAAACCUGGAGCGGUGGUCAUUGACUGCGGAAUAAACCAUGUACCCGACAGCACAAAGCCAAGUGGAAAGCGAGUGGUUGGGGAUGUGGCUUACAAUGAGGCCAAGAGGGUGGCUUCCUUCAUUACCCCUGUGCCUGGCGGUGUGGGGCCCAUGACCGUCUGCAUGCUCAUGGAGAACACGGUGGAGAGUGCCAAGCGUUACUUGGAGAAAUGCAAGCCUGGCAAGUGGGCCAUUCAGUACACGAAGCUUCAACGUGUGGAGCCUGUGCCCAGUGACAUUACCAUUUCACGGUCUUGUGCGGCAAAGCACAUCAGCCGCAUGGCUAAGGAAGUGGGCUUGUUGUCUGAUGAAGUGGAGCUCUACGGAAAGUCAAAGGCAAAGGUGCUCCUGACCACACUCAAUCGCCUCAUGGACCAGCCGGAUGGGAAAUAUGUCGUUGUCACAGGCAUCACCCCGACUCCCCUGGGCGAAGGCAAAAGCACAACGACCAUCGGCCUGGCUCAGGCCAUCGGUGCCCACCUGGACAUCAACGUGUUUGCCUGCGUCCGGCAGCCGUCCCAGGGCCCCACCUUUGGGAUCAAAGGUGGUGCCGCGGGUGGAGGAUAUUCCCAAGUUAUCCCAAUGGAAGAGUUCAACCUUCACCUGACAGGAGACAUCCAUGCCAUCACUGCCGCCAAUAACCUGGUUGCUGCUGCUAUCGACGCCCGCAUGUUCCACGAGGCGACACAGUCUGACAAGGCUCUGUACAAUCGGUUGGUGCCUUCCAAUAAAGGAGCCAAAACAUUCUGCAACAUUCAACUGAAGAGAUUACAGAAACUUGGAAUUAACAAAACCGAUCCCAGCGCUCUGACGGAUGAAGAGAUGAGCCGCUUUGUGAGGCUGGACAUUGAUCCGGACUCCAUCACCUGGCAGAGAGUAAUGGAUACCAAUGACAGGUUUCUCAGGAAGAUAACGAUUGGCCAGUCCAGCACUGAGAAAGGAUUCACCAGAACGACUCAGUUCGACAUCACAGUGGCCAGCGAGAUCAUGGCGGUGCUAGCACUGACCGAUGGGCUGAAGGACAUGAGGGACCGGCUGAGCAAAAUGGUGGUGGCUUCCAGUAAACGGGGAACACCGAUCACCACAGAUGAUUUGGGCAUCAGUGGAGCGCUGGCUGUGCUGAUGAAGGAUGCCAUUAAACCCAACCUCAUGCAGACACUAGAGGGGACUCCUGUCUUUGUCCACGCUGGACCUUUCGCCAAUAUUGCCCACGGAAACUCCUCGGUCCUGGCUGACAAAAUAGCUCUCAAGCUGGUUGGGGCUAAUGGGUUUGUGGUGACAGAGGCGGGGUUCGGAGCCGAUAUUGGGAUGGAGAAGUUCUUUGACAUUAAGUGCCGCUACUCGGGUCUGCGUCCCCACGUGGUUGUGCUGGUCGCCACGGUGCGGGCUCUGAAGAUGCACGGCGGCGGACCCACGGUGACAGCAGGUGUACCAUUGCAGAAGGAGUACACUGAGGAGAACCUGGACUUGGUGGCGAAGGGCUGCAGUAAUCUCCGGAAACAAAUCGAGAACGCAAACACAUUUGGGGUGGCGGUGGUGGUGGCAGUCAAUGCCUUCAAGUCGGACACUGAGGCUGAGCUGGAGUUGGUGUGCAGUACAGCCAAGGAGGUGGGUGCGUUUGAUGCUGUGAAGUGCACUCACUGGGCUGAAGGAGGCAUGGGAGCUGUGGAGCUGGCUAAAGCAGUACAGAGAGCUUCAGAAAUACAGAGUGACUUCAAAUUCCUUUAUGAUUUAGAGCUCCCUAUUGUGGAGAAAAUCCGUACGAUCGCCCAGAGGAUCUAUGGUGCUGCGGAUGUGGAACUCAGCCCAGAGGCUCAGCAUAAAGUGCAGGUUUACACCGAGCAGGGAUUUGCAGGACUUCCCAUCUGCAUGGCCAAGACUCACCUGUCGUUAUCUCAUGAGCCGGAGAAGAAGGGGGCACCGACUGGGUUUGUUCUGCCAAUCCGGGACAUCCGAGCCAGCGUUGGCGCAGGGUUCCUGUACCCGCUGGUGGGCACGAUGAGCACGAUGCCAGGACUGCCAACCAGACCCUGCUUUUAUGAUAUUGACUUAGACCCCGAGACUGAAGAGGUAAACGGCCUCUUCUAACCACACACCUUGACGAAAGUGUCCAGAAGAUUGGAGAGACUGGCAGCAGUCUGGAUGACAAUGGGGAUACAUUUCACGGCCUGUGACGGUGCUAAGAUUACAAAUGGUGCAUGAUACCAGGAAUUGCUUUUCAUUCCAACAAUCCACCGCCCUGACAGAACUGCUGAUUCACAAGCUGACAAUCUGUGUAUUUUGUGGGGGAAAUGCUCGGCUGAAUGUUCUAGUUUUCUAACAGAAUAAAAGCUCGAUUUCCUAGC